AUGGCAAACAACGUCUCGAACGACCGAACGCGAGAAGGCGGAUGUGACACUGAGUAUUAUGCGAGAUGCGCCUCCGCUCCUCGCCCGGAGAAGCGGAUUCGGACUUUCGUGACCCUCCGGGAACCGAGAGAAGAAGACGGAGGGUGCUCCGGGCGACCCGUUCGGCACCGGGGCACGCGGCCUCCCUUUCGCGUUCGGGCCGAUGGCGGGUCGAGUUCUAUCGCCGGUCGCGAAAGAAAAGGUCGGUCGGACGCCGAAAGAGGCUCGCCGAGACCCCGAGGCGCGUUCGGGCGUCGCGUCGCUUUAGUUCAAUAUUUACAACAAUCAAUAAUUGCUCUCUUCAUAUUCAUCUUCGAGGAAAAUAUACUUUUUAACAGACUAGGAGCACAAUAUUUUUUUUCCUUCUUUCAUUAUAAUCGCGAUCGCGGAGAUCUCUCGCGGUCGCCGACUUCGCGGACCGUCUUCGUGUCGAUCCGGAGAGACGACCGCGAGAGGAGACUCCGGCGGCCCCGACCGCGAAGCGCUCGACCGAGGACGGCGCCACCUUAA